AUGGGCGACGAGUGCGGUGGUGGUACCUCCAGCAACGACACAGAGCUGAAGAACGCGGACCAAAAUGACUGCGUUCUUCCGGAUACUUUGAGUAUUUUGAGUGACUACGAAAGAUUCACCUUCAUGGGGAUCUUCGUGGUUUUCUCUGUGUUGUCGUUGUGUGGGAAUUGUGCUGCGAUAUACUCGAUUAGCAAAAGGAAGUACAGGUACGUGCAGAAGACUUGCAUCGUCUCGCUGGCCGUCUCGGAUAUUUUGAGCACCAUUGUUAUUGCCACCAACAACUUGGAGACUUUCUCACAUGAGCUGCUAGUGUGGACUCUAGGUUCGUUCCUCUGCUCCGUCAUCCCCAUGCUGCAAAUGGCCGGGAUCAUGGCCAGCUCCGUCGCCCUGAUGUUCAUCGCCAUGGACCGCUACCGCAACGUAGUCCACGCCCUCAGCAAAAGAUGGAACCCUCCGCCCUCCACCUGCAUCCUCCUGACCAUUAUCUUGUGGAUCGUCAUCCUCUUAGUCUCCUACCCCCUCUACCACUUCUUCAGCCAACAGCCCGUCAUAAUAGUGUACGCCUACCCUACCGACUUCGGGAACAACUUCGAGUACGAACCAGCCGACGUUUGCAUCAGCUUCGAGAAAGACAACAUGAAGAUCUACUACAUCGUCAUGGUCAUUAUCAUCUUCCUCCCUCUGUUGAUAGUCUUCCUCUGGUUUUACUACAACAUCGCCUCUCUCGUCUGGAAACACCGGAAGCCUGUGACUUCCGUCCUCCCGAACGAAGCCUCGGCCUCCUCCACCUCCAACUCGGAAAUCCGGAUCAAGCACGUCAAAGCGAUGGGGAAGAAUCGGGAUAUUAAGGUGGAGAGGAAGAUACGCACGUUUAAAAUUAUCAUCACUUUGAUGAUGGUUUUCAUAGUUUGUCGGUUGCCGUACUUCGGGGUUUAUAUUUUGAAGUUGUGGGUUCAGAAUUACGGGAUGUGGGUGUGGUAUUUGAACUACUCGUUCGUUGCUUUGCAUAUUGUUAAUUGUUGUUUGAACCCGUUGUUGUAUACUUUUCUUAAUCCGACGUUGACGGUGUGGAUUAGGGUUAAGAAAAGUGCCAAUGAUUUCUUUUGGGAGAUUUGCUGCAUAUGCUUCUCGAGGCGGGAGUUUGAUGAGUUCGAGAAGGAGAACCCGUUCGUGGUGAACGAAUUUAAUAGGAGUAGGUGCAAUUCGAAGGUAAAGUUCCAAGAGCACGUGAACGAAAUACAGGCGAAAUAUUAG